CCUCUUCCUCCCGCCCGCCCCGCCCGCCCCGCGCCCGCCAGGAGCCGCCGUCCGAGCCUUGCGGAGCGCCGCAGUGGGCGCCGGCUGCCCGCAGCCCCUGACCCGGCCUCGGACGGAGCGCCGGCCGCACCACCGCCCUCUGGCCGUUGCCUCACCGGCUCGGCAAGAUGUCGGUGAAGGAGGGCGCACAGCGCAAGUGGGCAGCGCUGAAGGAGAAGCUGGGGCCACAGGAUUCGGACCCCACGGAGGCCAACCUGGAGAGCGCGGACCCUGAGCUGUGCAUCCGGCUGCUCCAGAUGCCCUCUGUGGUCAACUACUCCGGCCUGCGCAAGCGCCUGGAGGGCAGCGACGGCGGCUGGAUGGUGCAGUUCCUGGAGCAGAGCGGCCUGGACCUGCUGCUGGAGGCGCUGGCGCGGCUGUCGGGCCGCGGCGUUGCACGCAUCUCGGACGCCCUGCUGCAGCUCACCUGCGUCAGCUGCGUGCGCGCCGUCAUGAACUCGCGGCAGGGCAUCGAGUACAUCCUCAGCAACCAGGGCUACGUGCGCCAGCUCUCCCAGGCCCUGGACACAUCCAACGUCAUGGUGAAGAAGCAGGUGUUUGAGCUGCUGGCUGCCCUGUGCAUCUACUCUCCCGAGGGCCACGCGCUGACCCUGGACGCCCUGGACCACUACAAGACGGUGUGCAGCCAGCAGUACCGCUUCAGCAUUGUCAUGAACGAGCUCUCCGGCAGCGACAACGUGCCCUACGUGGUCACCCUGCUUAGCGUGAUCAACGCCGUCAUCUUGGGCCCUGAGGACCUGCGUGCGCGCACCCAGCUGCGGAACGAGUUUAUUGGGCUGCAGCUGCUGGACGUCCUGGCUCGCCUGCGAGACCUGGAGGAUGCCGACCUGCUGAUCCAGCUGGAGGCUUUCGAGGAGGCUAAGGCCGAGGACGAGGAGGAGCUGCUGCGAGUCUCUGGCGGGGUCGACAUGAGCAGCCACCAGGAGGUCUUUGCCUCCCUGUUCCACAAGGUGAGCUGCUCCCCGGUGUCUGCCCAGCUCCUGUCGGUGCUGCAGGGCCUCCUGCACCUGGAGCCCACCCUCCGCUCCAGCCAGCUGCUCUGGGAGGCCCUGGAGAGCCUCGUGAACCGGGCCGUGCUCCUGGCCAGCGAUGCCCAGGAAUGCACCCUGGAGGAAGUGGUUGAGCGGCUCCUAUCUGUCAAGGGGCGACCCAGACCGAGCUCCCUGGUCAAGGCCCAUAAAAGCGUCCAGGCCAACCUAGACCAGAGCCAGAGGGGCAGCUCCCCGCAAAACACUACAACCCCCAAGCCCAGCGUGGAGGGCCAGCAGCCAGCAGCAGCUGCUGCCUACGAGCCCGUGGACCACGCCCAGAGUGAGAGCAUCCUGAAAGUUUCGCAGCCCAGAGCCCUGGAGCAGCAGGCGUCCACCCCACCCCCACCCCCACCCCUGCUCCCUGGUUCCAGUGCCGAGCCCCCUCCCCCUCCCCCACCACCCCCCCUGCCCAGUGUGGGGGCUAAGGCCCUCCCAACAGCACCCCCACCCCCACCCCUGCCAGGCCUGGGGGCCAUGGCCCCCCCAGCACCUCCUCUACCACCACCCCUGCCAGGCUCCUGUGAGUUCCUGCCCCCACCACCUCCACCACUCCCGGGCUUGGGAUGCCCGCCCCCACCCCCACCCCUGCUGCCUGGUAUGGGCUGGGGCCCUCCUCCACCCCCACCUCCACUACUGCCCUGCACCUGCAGCCCCCCCGUGGCGGGAGGCAUGGAGGAGGUCAUCGUGGCCCAGGUGGACCACGGCUUGGGCUCAGCAUGGGUCCCCAGCCAUCGGCGGGUGAACCCACCCACACUGCGCAUGAAGAAGCUGAACUGGCAGAAGCUGCCAUCCAACGUGGCACGUGAGCACAACUCUAUGUGGGCGUCCCUGAGCAGCCCCGACGCCGAGGCUGUGGAGCCCGACUUCUCCAGCAUCGAGCGACUAUUCUCCUUCCCUGCAGCCAAGCCCAAGGAGCCCACCACGGUGGCCGCCCGGGCCAGGAAGGAGCCCAAGGAGAUCACUUUCCUCGAUGCCAAGAAGAGCCUGAACCUCAACAUCUUCCUGAAGCAAUUUAAGUGCUCCAACGAGGAGGUCGCUGCUAUGAUCCGGGCUGGAGAUACCACCAAGUUUGAUGUGGAGGUUCUCAAACAACUCCUUAAGCUCCUUCCCGAGAAGCACGAGAUUGAAAACCUGCGGGCAUUCACAGAGGAGCGAGCCAAGCUGGCCAGCGCCGACCACUUCUACCUCCUCCUGCUGGCCAUUCCCUGCUACCAGCUGCGAAUCGAGUGCAUGCUGCUGUGUGAGGGCGCGGCCACCGUGCUGGACAUGGUGCGGCCCAAGGCCCAGCUGGUGCUGGCUGCCUGCGAAAGCCUGCUCACCAGCCGCCAGCUGCCCAUCUUCUGCCAGCUGAUCCUGAGAAUUGGGAACUUCCUCAACUACGGCAGCCACACCGGUGACGCCGACGGCUUCAAGAUCAGCACAUUGCUGAAGCUCACGGAGACCAAGUCCCAGCAGAACCGCGUGACGCUGCUGCACCACGUGCUGGAGGAAGCAGAAAAGAGCCACCCCGACCUCCUGCAGCUGCCCCGGGACCUGGAACAGCCCUCGCAAGCAGCAGGGAUCAACCUGGAGAUCGUCCGCUCAGAGGCCAGCUCCAACCUGAAGAAGCUUCUGGAGACCGAGCGGAAGGUGUCUGCCUCCGUGGCCGAGGUCCAGGAGCAGUACACCGAGCGCCUCCAGGCCAGCAUCUCGGCCUUCCGGGCACUGGACGAGCUGUUUGAGGCCAUCGAGCAGAAGCAACGGGAGCUGGCCGACUACCUGUGUGAGGACGCCCAGCAGCUGUCCCUGGAGGACACGUUCAGCACCAUGAAGGCCUUCCGGGACCUUUUCCUCCGUGCCCUGAAGGAGAACAAGGACCGGAAGGAGCAGGCGGCGAAGGCAGAGAGGAGGAAGCAGCAGCUGGCGGAGGAGGAGGCGCGGCGGCCUCGGGGAGAGGACGGGAAGCCUGUCAGGAAGGGGCCCGGGAAGCAGGAGGAGGUGUGUGUCAUCGAUGCCCUGCUGGCUGACAUCAGGAAGGGCUUCCAGCUGCGGAAGACAGCCCGGGGCCGCGGGGACACCGACGGGGGCAGCAAGGCAGCCUCCAUGGAUCCCCCAAGAGCCACAGAGCCUGUGACCACCAGUAACCCUGCAGGAGACCCCGUGGGCAGCACGCGCUGUCCCGCCUCUGAGCCCGGCCUUGAUGCUACAACGGCCAGCGAGUCCCGGGGCUGGGACCUUGUAGACGCCGUGACCCCCGGCCCUCAGCCCACCCUGGAGCAGUCGGAGGAGGGUGGUCCCCGGCCCCUGGAGAGGCGUUCUUCCUGGUAUGUGGAUGCCAGCGAUGUCCUAACCACUGAGGAUCCCCAGUGCCCCCAGCCCUUGGAGGGGGCCUGGCCGGUGACUCUGGGAGAUGCUCAGGCCCUGAAGCCCCUCAAGUUCUCCAGCAACCAGCCCCCUGCAGCCGGAAGUUCAAGGCAAGAUGCCAAGGAUCCCACAUCCUUGCUGGGCAUCCUCCAGGCCGAGGCCGACAGCACAAGUGAGGGGCUGGAGGACGCUGUCCACAGCCGUGGUGCCAGACCCCCUGCAGCAGGCCCAGGUGGGGAUGAGGACGAGGACGAGGAGGACACGGCCCCAGAGUCCGCACUGGACACAUCCCUGGACAAGUCCUUCUCCGAGGAUGCAGUGACCGACUCCUCGGGGUCGGGCACACUCCCCAGGGCCCGGGGCCGGGCCUCAAAGGGGACCGGGAAGCGAAGGAAGAAGCGUCCCUCCAGGAGCCAGGAAGGUAACUCAGGGAGGGGCCCCGGGCACCGUCCCACGCCAGGGCGUUGGCACCCAGCCGGUCCCUCCCCUUCCCCAUUGGGCACUGCAAGUUCCAGCGGCACCCAGGAGAGGUGACUUGGGUGCGGCACGGGAGAGGAGGCGGCCGCGCGUCCACCACAGGGCGGCUAUGUGGGCUGCCGCAGCCCGUGCAACUGUUCCUCCAACCAACUAAUUCCCACCUUCACGCCACCUCCGUUAGGGAGUAGGGGGCGGACACCGGGCACCAGGUCCCAGGCAAGUGGCUGCCAUGUGGCUUAGUGGCCAGAGAACCGGGCAGCCCUCAGAGGGUGUUGGCAUGGCUGUCCCGGGCCCCCCAGCCCCACCCGCUCCGAGUCAGGGUUGCUUCUGUGUGAUAAGCCGUUGAGUGCGUUUCUUUUAUUUGGAAGCAGAGGUUCCCCCUGAUUCUGAUGAUAAUAAAACAAAGAAACUGUGUGUGAUCCAGUAAGGUAUGUACGCAGCCGGCGCUCCGUGGGGGCUAACAGCAGCUGCAGGGCAGUGGGGCUGGAGCUUGCUGCCCACACCCCUCCGGGACACUAACCUGGCUUCUCUCCAGCCCGCGUGGUGCGUCAGUGUGGCCUUGCCGCUCCCGCAGCCCUGGUGGUGGGCUCCCCGCCCCAUCCCCUCCCUCUCCGCAGGUUACCUGCUCAACUGGUGCCUCCUGCAGGCAGGACGCAACCUCAGUGCUGGCUCCGGGCAUGCGGGCCUUGAGAGGGCAGGUGGCAGGGCCAGCCGGACUCCCUUAGCGAGCAGGAUCCGGGGCCCCGGGGCGUGGGCGGGACCUCCUGGCUGGCAGGACAGGCUGAGGUUGCUCCUGUCUGGUGUCCUGGCCCUAACUGCAGUUCCAGUAACCCUGUGGCUUUCCUGCUGUGUCUGUCGGUGGAGGGCUAUCUUCACCCUGAGUGUGUCAAUGGCGUGGGGCCUCCUGGGGCAUGUCCCCAGGAGGUCUGUGAGGAGACCGGGACAGUCGCAAGGGUAGAUGCUGCCAGGGACAAGCACACUGCAACCCCCCUCCUGUUGGACAGUGUCCUCCCACCCCGAGGCCAUGGGUGGGUCUAUGGAGAAGCAGAUUACCCCCAGCACACCGCGUCUUCUGGGGGGUGACCAGCCAAAGGUCAAUCAGCCAGGUCCGUCCACAGGGCUGGAGAGGCCAAUGCAUCCAGCUAGACAGGACCAGCCUGCACUGGGUGGAGGAGGGGCUAGAGCAGAGAACCAGAAGGUCCAGCCCGGCCGAUCGUGAGCUCUGUGAGCCCAGGUCGUGGCGUCUUCCAGCACCUCCAGCCUUGCUCAGAGCCAGCCCGGUGUCCAUGCAUCACAAAUAUGCUGACCGCUGGGCCUGGGGCUUAGGCUCAAGGUGCACACCUGAGGUCUGCUGGUGCCCAUCAGAGGCAAGAGCAGUCGUGAGCCCUGAGAAGCUUCUCCGGACAGCUUGUCCUCGCUGUUGGGGCACGGCCUUCACCCUGGGUUCCAGCUUUUGCUUCCAGGGUCAUCUUCCGAGUGUGGCUCUCUGGUGUGAAGCACCCACGUGUACUUUUUAGAAAGGUGCUGGCAUCUCCCUUAGAGGCUGGAACUUGGACUUGCUGGCCCUGAGUGUGAGGAACAGUGGAGCAUGCAGGUCUGGGGCGGGCGGCCACAUCUGACAAUGGUCCAGUGAAAGAUGGACGUGCCCAGUGCCAGCUCCACGCUCCACCCGGUUCCCUCCUGAACCUGCUACACGUGCUUAGCCUCCACCCGCCCCAGCUCCUGCCACGCAGGUGGCUGAGGGCAAGAGGAAGGAAUCCUCUUCUCUCCCCAACUUUUUAUUUUUUAUUUUUUUUCAAGACGGAGUCUCACUCUGUUGCCCAGGCUGGAGUGCAGUGGUGCUAUCUGAGCUCACAGCAACCUCCACCUUCCAGGUUCAAGUGAUUCUCCUGCCUCAGCCUCCCGAGUAGCUGGGACCACAGGCACGCGCCACCACGCGUGGCUAAUUUUUUGUAUUUUUAGCAGAGACAGGGUUUCACCAUGUUGGCCAGGCUGGUCUCAAACUCCUGACCUCAGGUGAUUCACCCGCCUCGGCCUCCCAAAGUGCUGGGAUUACAGGCGUGAGCCACCGUGUCCAGCCCCCACCUUUUUAUUUAGAAAAUCUUCAACACCACAGGAAAUUGCAUAGAGAUCAGAAUGAACAACACCUUCUCCCCGAAAGUACAACCAUUUGCCAAAAAUACCAAAAUUGUGACCAUUUUGCUACAUUGCCCCCCUCCAACUGAGGCAUCUGAGAGUUUCUUAUAAACAUCAUGGCACUGGAGCCCUAAACUCGCCCACAGACACCUGAGAGCACAGCCGUCUUCCUCAGUCCCCGCCGGGCAGGGUGCGCUGCCGUCCUCCCAGUCCGCCCCCCCCAGGCAGGGUGCGCUGCAGGGCGCUUCACGUCCACGUGCUUCUAAUGCUCGGUCCCAGUGCGGAUGUGCCACUUGUCCCAAUAAUUCCUUCUCUAGUUGUUGCUUUGUUGUUUUUGCAAACAAGAUUGUAUCCAGAGUCACAUGCUGUGUUUGGUUAUCAUAUCACUUCAGUCUCUUUGGUUCUAGAACAUUCCUGCCCCUUUUUUUCUUGUAUGACAUUGACAUUCUGGAAGAUAACUUCGCUUUGGGUUUGCCUGAUUGCGCCCCCAAGUAGGUCCAGGUUGAGUUUUGGGGCAGGAGUUCUACCCCAAGGGAUGCCAUGUCCUCCCCAGCUGGGUGGGGACGUUUGUGGCAGCAGCGCUGACCACGGCUGCGGGGGUGGUUUCUGAACCUCCACUGCACAAACACCACGCUGUCUGGUUAAUAAGCACCGGUGGUGACCUGUGGAACAAACCGCUGCAGCACGGUUCUGUGUUCGCCGCCCCUCGUCCGAGUGUUCCCCUCUCUCCUCCCUUUUUCCAUCACGUGAGUUUUGAAUGUGCAGUAAUCCUUCACUGCCACUGCCGUGCAUUUGAUGGGGACCAGCGGGGGCCCUGAGCGCUUCCCACCUUUGGCACAAGCCCCUGUUCCUAGCUCACCCCAGACUUGCUGAUCCCCCCCAUCCCUGCGCAGGCCUUGGUCUUGGCCAUUUCUCCAGGUUCCCUGAGUGGGGAAUGGUGCUGAGAUCCCCCUUUGAGUGAUUGUUUUGGACAGUUUUUGUUUUCUUGCUGUCUGUUUAGAGUAGUGGUUCUCAAACCCUGCUUGGGCCAUCCCACUGGGGAGCUGGGACACCACCUGGCACUGUGGUGGCAGUGGGGGUGACACUCAGACAAGGGCCAUCGAGGGCCCCUGGACCAGAAAGCGAAGAGGGCGUUGGGGGCAGGAGGCCUGUGGGGCCAUGUGUGGGGGCCAUCUGGGUGGCGGGAGCUGUUGGGGCGGGGCUGAGUGCCCUCAGCAGCCCACUGGAGAAAGCGCUGCUGGGGUCCUCGUGUGGGGCCCAGGGCCCGAUGUGGAAGCAAUGGAGGGCUGCAGGGGGUGGCAGUGGGGAUGAAUGAGUAAGGACAGAGUGCAGCCUGGGUCUCAGACAGGGGGUGGGGGACAGGCCACAGAGACUCCCUAUCUCAGCAGAGAGGAGAGAGGCUCAGGCUGCCACGCCUUGCCAAAACCCAGCCUGGCCAGGCCAUCCCGGCGCCUUCCACCUAGAUAGGUUGUGCUGCUCCAGAGAAAGAGCCCGGGGUCAGAGUGGACCUGAGCUGCGCGGCACAACCUGCUGGACAGUGGCGAUGAGGGGUUCAGGGACCUGGGCACCCCGAAGCGGGCACCUGAUAUUGUACCCAGCAAAACUGCUAAUAAUGUCAUUUUUUCUCUCUCUUACAGGCCUCAGGCCCAGGCCCAAGGCCAAGUGAGAGAGCCCAGGCCACAGGACAUGCUGCCAUUCUGCCAAGAGAGGCUCUUCUGGGGGCCAGGCUGGGACUGGGCCCCGGAAACCAAAACUCCGUGCCUUACCCAGCCGGGGCCCUCCUGGAGCCUUCUUGGGGUGUUGUGGCUGGGACCCCGACAGGCACCAGUGCCCUGCCAGGCCUGGUGCCCUCCUGGACCGCCUGCACGUGCCAGCCUCCCACCUGCUUCCUAAAGGCAACCCUGGCCCACACCCGCAUGCGCCCGGUGCAGCCUGCCAAGGGCCAGUCGGGGGGUGCUGCGUCCUGCCAGUGUCCACCACAGCUCUGCCUGCCCUUCAGCCCAGCAGGGUUUAAUCAAAACGCAAUGCUUUGCAAGUCUUUACUGCUUGGAGGUGGCUGAGUUGGGGGCCCUGGGCAGGGGUAAGCUGGCAGGCAGUGCCAUGGCAGGCCAGGGUCCCCUCCCGUGGGGUCUGGCCCCCGUUCCAGCAUGUCCAGCCCCUGAAGUUGGAGUGGGGGGCGGUCUGCCUUUGCUGCCACUGCCAGGCCUCUGCCCUGCAGCUGAAACUUGGCCAUCACAUCAACAGGAAACCCCUCCCAGUGCCAGCUGCCCAGCAUGGGCAGGCCCUGGGGACAAUACAGGUCCACCUGAGGGGCUGCAGGGUGACACCCAGCAGCCGCUGCCCCCUCACUGCCCACCCAGCGAGGGCAGCCUGCCCGAGCCUGCCCCCUGCCAGGUGUGUGCCCUGAGGCUGGCGGCUGGAUGCGUGGCCAAUAAAAAGCAGACCUAG